AUGUCCGACGUCAUCUAUUUCGACAACAACGCAACCACGCGUAUCGAGCCGCAGGCCUACCAGGCCAUGGCGCCCUAUCUCACCGAGCUGUACGGCAACCCGUCCAGCAUCCACAGCUUCGGAGCCGGUUGCGGCUCGGAGGGGGACAACACCGCCAUUCGAGGGAUCCUCGAAGGCGCGCCGGAAAAGCGCCACUUCGUCACCACGGCGGUGGAGCAUCCCGCGGUGCUGGGGCUCGGACAACACCUGGAGAAGAAGGGCUAUCGGGUCACCUGGCUGGGGGUGAACGAGGACGGCAUGCUGGACCUGGACGAGCUCCGGGAUUCCCUCUCGGACGACACCGCCAUGGUCUCGAUCAUGUACGCCAACAACGAGACCGGCGUGGUCUUCCCGGUGCGCGAGGCCGGCGAGAUCGUCAAGGCUCGGGGCAUCCCUUUCCACGUGGAUGCGGUGCAGGUGCCGGGCAAGAUCGAGCUCGAUGUGAAGAACAGCCCCAUCGACCUCUUGACCGUCUCCGCCCACAAGUUCCACGGCCCCAAGGGCGUGGGAGCGCUCUACGUCCGGCGGGGGAUCACACUCCGCCCCUUCAUCGUCGGGGGCCAUCAGGAGCGCAACCGCCGCGCCGGAACGGAGAACGUCGCCGGCAUCGUGGGCAUGGGCGAGGCCGCGGAGUUCACCGCCAAGGACGUCGCCGCGGAACGCGAGCACGUGGGCGGUCUGCGUGACCAACUGCAGAAAUCCCUCGUGUCCGCCUGCCCGGGGGCCCGGGUCAACGGGGCAAAGUCGAACCGUUUGCCGAACACGCUCAACAUCGCCUUCGAAUACCUGGAGGGCGAGUCGAUUCUGGUGCUGCUGGAUGAGUUCGGCAUCUGCGCCUCCACCGGCUCCGCCUGCACCGCGGGCUCGGUGGAGCCGUCCCACGUGCUGCGGGCCAUGAAGGUGCCGCCGCAAUGGCUGCAAGGGGCGGUGCGGUUCAGUCUCAGCCGCUACAACACCCCGGCGGAAAUCGCUUUCGCGGCGGACAAGAUUCCCGGCAUUGUCCAACGCCUGCAAGGGCUGUCCGCAUUGGGCCGGGUGGGAACCAGGGAAACUCUGCCGGGACAAGCCUCGUAG